AUAAAUUAGUAGGAAAGGGCAACCAAGCCCUUGGAGGCUUAGAAGUAAGUAUAAUUAAAUGAGGGGUAUUGUGGUAAUUGAACAAUAGUUGAUAAAUAUAAAUAAAAGAAAGAAGAAGAAAGAAAGAGGGAUCUGAAAAUGGAAGGAGCAAACCGUGAGAGAGAAGGGAGGAGGAAGAAGAAGAAGAGAAAAGAGGGGAAGAGAAGGGAAAAGGGAGAGAAGUAGAGGAAAAUAAGUUUAAAGGUUCUCCUAACGAUCCUCAAUAGGAUUUUCGGGUCUUUCGUCUGACAUUCCUUUUAGUUCUAUAUUUUCCGGGUUCUUAGUUUCUGAUAGCAGGUGAACCUUGUUGAGUGUUCCUGCUUCUUCAGUUUUGGGUCGGUAUGCCUUGCUUAUCUUUCAAGGCUGUUUGAUUCGAUGUCUUAGGCGCUCCACUAUUACCUUGUUUUAAUUAAGUUUGGAUUUUUGACAAUGUAAUGAGUAUUAUGGAUUAUUGUUUUUGUUUUAAUUACUGAUGAAGAGUUUUAAACUAUCUUUUGGUUUCAUCAGUUUUGAAGGAUAUAAUAUUUCUGAAGAUUAUGAAAUGCUGCGUAUUUUUGAAUAAAUUAUUCUUUUGAUAUGUUCGUUUUGAGGCUUAGCGCGGGCGGGGUGUCCUUCCGGCACCGCUCCUGCGUUGCCGGUCAUGGACCCGGGAUUCGGGUCGUUACAAAGGUGGUAUCAGAGCCAGGUUCUUGUUAAAUCCCUGUAGCUUGGUUUUGUUAAAACUUGGUCCUUUUUUUUAAAAAAAAAAAAACUUGUAAUAUGUGGAGCUUAGGAUCCUUCUUGUCUUAUUGUGAUUCCUCAUUGUCUUCUUUGAACUUUUUUUUUUAUUGCCGUGUUGAUAUACAUGUGGGGAAAUAUAUAUUAUGUGAAUGGUUGAUAUAAAUAUAUCAAUGGAUAUACUAUGUAUAAUAUGUGUUUUUCAUACAUGGCUGACAAUAUUUGAUAUAAGUAUAUUCUUGGAUAUAAUAUAUGUGGUAUACGUGUUUUGCAUAUACUUGUGUGUGUGAAUAUUUGAUAUAAGUAUAUCUUUGAAAGUAUUUGCAUAAAACGUGUAUUUGAGUAAUAAUAUUUCUUGAAAAUACUUAAGCAUAAGUAUUUGGUAUAAAUAUAUUUUUUUUGGAAGUAUAUAUAAUAUAUGUAAAUGAGCUGAUUUUCUGAUUUGUAGUGCUCUAAAAGUAUGUAUAUGUGCAAAUCAUGUUAGUGAGUGUAUAUUGAAUGUAAGUAUGUGCUUUUAAGUAAUUGAACAACUUAUAGUAUUUUUGUAUUUAAAUCUGAUUUUACAUCAUAUUUAUAUCUAUAUGUGUUAUCUUUGGUAAGUAUUCUGAAAAAUAUGUCUAAUAAUCUUUUUCUAUGAUAUAUAUAUCGUUGACAAUAUUCAAUGAAAAAUUUGUGUUUGAUAAUAUUUUUCUGGGUGUGUUUAUUUUGAUUACUUUUUGAGUCGUGGACGCUCAUCUCUUUCCGCAAUAUUUUUAUUUCAGAAAUAUAGAUUUUAAAUGCAGGAGAAAGUUGAAAUAUGAUUAAUUAGUUAUGGAUGAUGAGACUGUUAUUGGAGAAUUACUUAUGAAGGUUGUUAUUAUAGGCUUUUGAUUAUGAUCUAUAUGUUGAUUAAUAUACUUAUCUAAAAUUGGGUGAUUUGGUACUUUUAGAAAUAGUGAGCAUUUUAUGUGAUAUUAGGUAUGGAUUAGUUGUCAAGACACCAUGUCUCAGUUGAUUGUUGGAAUAAGAUAAUAGCUUUCAAACCUAAUGAGGAUACAAAUUUGCUUUUCAUGAAGAUAAAGUAUCAUCUCCAUCUAGUAUUUUCCCGGCCAUCACGAGAAGGAUGGUACGAGAAGGAUGGUACAGAAGGGUAUGCAUGGGUUUUUGGCUUAUGUGCAUGAUGUGAACAUAGAGGUCCCAAUGAUGGAUCAAUGAGGAUGUGUAUAGACUAUAGGCAGUUGAACAAGGUCACUGUUAAGAAUAAAUACCCACUCCCUCGCAUUGAUGACCUUUUUGAUCAAUUACAAAGAGCUCAAUGUUUCUCAAAAAUUGAUUUGCGAUCGGGGUAUCACCAGUUGAGGAUUAGGAAUGAGGAUGUUCCUAAAACUGCCUUUAGGACUCGUUAUGGGCAUUACGAGUUCCUAGUGUUGUCUUUUGGGUUAACGAAUGCACCUGCAGCUUUUAUGGACAUGAUGAACAGGGUUUUUAGGCCGUUUAUUGAUAAGUUUGUUAUUGUGUUCAUUGAUGACAUUUUGGUGUAUUCGAGGUCUAGAGAAGAGCAUGAGCAGCAUUUGAGAUUGGUGCUUCAAACUCUGAGAGAUCAUCAGUUGUAUGGAAAAUUCUUGAAGAGUGAGUUUUGGUUAGAAACUGUUGGGUUUCUGGGACAUGUAGUGUCCAAGAAUAGGAUAGAGGUUGAUCCACAAAAAGUGGAGGCAAUUAAGCAGUGGCCUAGACCAGUUACAAUAUCUGAGAUUAGGAGUUUUAUGGGUUUAACAUGAUAUUACAGGAGAUUCGUGGAGAAUUUUUCCUGAAUUGCUGCUCCAAUGACUAAGUUGACAAAAAAAAAAAAAUGUCAAGUUUCAAUGGUCAGAAGAAUGUGAAAAGAGUUUCCUGGAGUUGAAGGAAAGGUUAAUUACAGCUCCUAUUUUAACAGUAUCUUCAGGGUCUGGUGGUUUUACCGUGUACUAUGAUGCAUCCAGGAUUGGUUUGGGUUGUGUUUUGAUGCAGAACGGUAAUGUGAUUGCUUAUGCCUCGAGAAAGUUGAAGAAGCACGAACAAAAUUACCCCACACAUGAUUUGGAGAUGGUUGCAGUAGUGUUUGCCCUUAAAAUUUAGAGACACUACUUGUAUGGGGAGACAUGUGAGAUAUUUUCAGAUCAUAAAAGUCUUCAAUAUAUCUUCCAGCAUAAGGAUCUGAAUUUGAGAUAGAAAAGGUGGAUGGAAUUGUUAAGUGAUUAUGAUUGCACGAUUCAAUAUCACCCGGGCAAGGCAAAUGUUGUUGCCGAUGCCUUAAGCAGAAAAUCUAUGGGUAGUUUGGCUCAUAUUCAGGAGGUGAGGAGACCUUUGAUUAAAGAGUUACACUGAUUGUUAGAUGAGAGGGUCAGUUUUGAGAUUUGUGAAUCGGGAGCAUUGUUGGCUCACUUUCAGGCUAUGUCAGACUUGGUAGACCGAAUUAAAGUAGCUCAAAUGAAGGAUGAGCGACUUUGCAAGAUUAGAGAUGAGUUGGAGUUAGGGAGAGCUCCGGGUUUUGUUAUCCAUGAAGAUGGUGUGUUGAGAUUUGGUUCCAGGUUAUGUGUGCCUGAGGUGGAUGGUUUGAAAAGAGAUGUGAUGACGGAAGCACACCAAACUGCUUAUACUAUGCAUCCUCAGUUCUCAAGUAGGGUAUCUUAAGUCCCAUGUUAUCUUUGAUUUUUUUUUUCUUAUCAAACAUGUUUUUGCUUCAAUUUCAAGAGAAACACUAUCAUUUGAGGUAAUAUUGAAACCAUAUAACAACUUUUCAUCCAUCUAAGCUUCUUCCAAGCUGGUUUUUGUUAUCUUUACCAUAAUUGUUGCCUUAAUCUUGUCACAACAACUAUGUUCCUCCUUUAUAGUCUUUAUCAUUUCAUCUGACUCUUUAGUUGUUAUGGUGGUUGAGAGAACUACAUACAUCUUAUCAUCUUCAUCGCUUAUUGCUUUUGCAAGCGAAAUCUCCUCCAUGAUUGAUACCUCUUGAAAGUUUGAGCUCAUAAUUGUUGUUGUUCAUUAGACUCUGUUACUUCAUGACAUUCCCCAACUAUAAGGCUGAAUUCUUUUACCUGAUGCUUAAAAAUAAAUAAAUUAUGAGGAUGCGUUUUGAUUUUUGAAGAGAUAUGAUUUGAGAUAAGUUAUUUGAGAAAAGUUGAUUCAAGAGAAAUUGAAGGGUGUGUUGUUUGAUUUUGAGGGAUAUGAAUUAAGAAAAGUUAUGCAUGAGAUAUUUUUUUCAGUGGAUAUAUCAGAGUGCGCAACGAAAGCAUGGUGCUAUAUAUUGAUUUUUUUUUUAAGUGGACUUUAAAUGAUAGUUUAAGAAAUACAAUUUUAGAGAUAAGUUUUAAAUAAUUUAUUUGAUCAUGAUGGUAAGACUUUGGUUCUUAAAUUUUAAGUUUCGAGGACGAAACUUUUAUAAGGUGGGGAGAUUGUGAUGUUUUGCAAAUAAAUUAGUAGGAAAGGGCAACCAAGCCCUUGGAGGCUUAGAAGUAAGUAUAAUUAAAUGAGGGGUAUUGUGGUAAUUGAACAAUAGUUGAUAAAUAUAAAUAAAAGAAAGAAGAAGAAAGAAAGAGGGAUCUGAAAAUGGAAGGAGCAAACCGUGAGAGAGAAGGGAGGAGGAAGAAGAAGAAGAGAAAAGAGGGGAAGAGAAGGGAAAAGGGAGAGAAGUAGAGGAAAAUAAGUUUAAAGGUUCUCCUAACGAUCCUCAAUAGGAUUUUCGGGUCUUUCGUCUGACAUUCCUUUUAGUUCUAUAUUUUCCGGGUUCUUAGUUUCUGAUAGCAGGUGAACCUUGUUGAGUGUUCCUGCUUCUUCAGUUUUGGGUCGGUAUGCCUUGCUUAUCUUUCAAGGCUGUUUGAUUCGAUGUCUUAGGCGCUCCACUAUUACCUUGUUUUAAUUAAGUUUGGAUUUUUGACAAUGUAAUGAGUAUUAUGGAUUAUUGUUUUUGUUUUAAUUACUGAUGAAGAGUUUUAAACUAUCUUUUGGUUUCAUCAGUUUUGAAGGAUAUAAUAUUUCUGAAGAUUAUGAAAUGCUGCGUAUUUUUGAAUAAAUUAUUCUUUUGAUAUGUUCGUUUUGAGGCUUAGCGCGGGCGGGGUGUCCUUCCGGCACCGCUCCUGCGUUGCCGGUCAUGGACCCGGGAUUCGGGUCGUUACACAAGUGGUCUAGGACACACAAUGGUAUUCUUGAAGGGUGGGCUUAUAUAUAUAUAUAUAUAUAUAAAAGACAAGACUAAGGAAGAUGGCUGCUGCACUCUCUGAUAUUUUGAGAGUCACAUCUAGCUUACUUAUGCUUAUGUUACUAAUGUUUUGCAUGGGAGCAAUUAACUUGGAGGCCCAAGAUGGGAGCCUUGCUCCUGAUGAAGUGGAAGCCUUGCUUGAAGUAGCAACACAACUGGGCAAAAAAGGCUGGAAUCGCAAUAUGACACUGUGCAAUGAUACAAUUUUACCUCCAAAGCUAGAUGCUGACAAUAAAGUUGUUUGCAACUGCUCAUUUCCUGGGGAACCGUGCCACGUUAUUGCCAUAUAUCUCAAAAGGCAAGAUCUUGACGGUACUCUCCCAAAGGCUAUCGAGAAACUUCCACACCUUAAACAUCUAAAUCUCUGGGCCAACUACCUGAGUGGCAAUAUACCACCUGAAUGGGCUAAUACCAAGCUGGAAACAUUGUCUGUCGGCGUGAAUCGGUUGACGGGAAAAAUUCCUAGCUAUCUGGGAAGGAUUACCACACUUAGUUACCUGAACAUUCAGGACAAUAUGUUUUCCGGAACUGUUCCCCCUGAGCUUGGAGGCUUGGUUAGCCUGAAGAAUCUAACUCUCAGUGCCAAUUAUCUCACUGGAGAGUUACCCCCUACUCUCACUAAUCUUACCGGAUUGAAGGAACUAAGGCUUAGCAGCAAUAACUUCACUGGAAGAAUACCUGAUUUUAUUCAGAGCUGGAAACAACUUGAUACAUUAGAGAUCCAAGCUGGUGGUUUCACUGGACCCAUUCCUUCAAGCAUCUCUCUCUUGACUAAUCUAACUGAUCUAAAAAUAAGUAACUUACUUGGUGGUUCAGAGUUUCCCAACCUAGAAUCUAUAGCAGGCAUUAAGUAUCUGCUAUUGAGCAACUGCAACUUGUCAGGAAAUUUUCCCAUAUAUUUGACCAGUAUGGCACAGCUGAAAAUUUUGGAUCUCAGUUUCAACAGAUUAAAUGGUCCUCUUCCAACAAAUUAUGAUGGCCUAAAAAGCUUGGAGAAAAUGUAUCUUACAAGGAAUAUGCUUACAGGGCCCAUCCCAGAUUGGAUCGACAAAAGAGAUACUCGCUACGAAAUCGAUCUUUCUUACAACAAUUUUACUUCGGAAGCAAAAUGUAGAGAAACACUAAAUCUGUUCAAAAGUACUUGGGGAGGGAACUAUUCGAAACCUGUUGAGUGCCUGAGAGCUUGUUCUGAAGAGCGAUAUUCAGUGCACAUAAAUUGUGGGGGACCAGAAGCCACCAUUGGAAACACCAUCUACGAAGCAGAUAAUGAGCCAGGAGGUGCAGCAAAAUAUGCGUCCAAAAGAGAGGAUUGGCAAACAAGUACCACAGGACAUAUCUGGGAUGUUCCUGCUUCCUUGGAUAACUACAUAGCACAAAACAAGUCCAUGCUCAGAAUGGACAACUCUGUAUUGUACACAAAUGCACGCCUCACUCCUUUGUCUCUCACAUACCACGUUCCCUGUCUGGUAAAUGGGAAUUACAAAAUCAAGCUGCACUUUGCAGAGAUAGUAAUGAGGGAUAACAGAUCCUACUACAGUCUAGGAAGACGGAUAUUUGAUGUUUAUAUUCAGGACAUUGUUGUGCUGAAGGAUUUUGAUAUAGUGAAGGCAGCGGGAGGGGUGGAUAAGGUAUACAUUCAUAAUUAUACAGCACCUGUAACCAAUGGAGCUUUAGAGAUCCGCCUUCAUUGGGCUGGGAAAGGAACCACAAGGUCUCCCACAAAAGGAAUAUAUGGUCCUCUAAUAUCAGCCAUUGAUGUGGAAUCUGACUUCAAGCCACCUGAUAAAGGCAGGAGGAAGAGAUUCAUUGUCGCUGGAGCUGUGGUUUUGCCAUUAUUACUCAUUCUCAUAUUUCUAUCCACUCUUUGGUGGAAAGGUCAUUUGGGAGGAAGGAAAUCGAGGGAUCGAGAACUUGUUGGGUUAGAUCUGCUUACUGGUAUCUUCACCUUCAGACAAAUCAAAGCCGCAACGAAUGACUUUGAUCCAGCAAACAAACUUGGAGAAGGUGGUUUUGGCUGCGUCUACAAAGGAGUACUAUCAGAUGGCACUCGGAUUGCGGUUAAGCAGCUUUCGGCGAAAUCAAAACAGGGGAAUCGUGAGUUUGUGAACGAAAUAGGCAUGAUUUCUGCUUUGCAACACCCAAAUCUUGUUAGAUUGUAUGGAUGUUGCAUUGAGGGGAAGCAAUUGUUGCUGGUAUAUGAAUACAUGGAAAACAAUAGCCUUGCGCAUGUUUUGUUCGGGACAAAGGAAAUCAAGGCAACGAAGCUAGACUGGCGUACAAGGCAGAGGAUAUGUGUAAGUAUAGCGAAAGGUCUGGUUUUCCUGCAUGAGGAGUCGACACUCAAAAUUGUUCAUAGAGACAUAAAAGGUACCAAUAUCCUUCUUGACAAGGACAUGAACGCCAAGAUAUCUGAUUUUGGAAUGGCCAAGCUUGAUGACGAGGACAACACCCACAUCGACACCAGAGUUGCUGGAACAAUGGGAUACAUGGCACCGGAAUAUGCAUUAUAUGGUUACUUAACUUACAAGGCAGAUGUAUACAGCUUUGGUGUUGUAGCAUUGGAAAUUGUUUCUGGGAUGAACAACGUCAAAUUUAGGAGGGAUGAAAAUUUUGUAUGCCUUCUGGAUAGGGUUCUGUAUUUACAAAAAAAUGGGGACAUAAUGGAGAUGGUUGAUCCAAGAUUGGGGUCUGAAUUCAACAAGAAAGAAGUGGUUAGAAUGAUCAAUGUAGCCCUGCUAUGCACAAAUCAGUCUCCAGCACUUAGACCUACAAUGUCUACAGUAGUGAGCAUGCUUGAAGGAAAAACUGAUGUCGAGGAACUCGUCAUGGUUCCAAGCACAUUGGGUGAUCCAUCAGGGUAUGCUACGGCCUUACAUAAAAAGUUUGCUCAAUCUUCUGUCAAUGGAAGUUUAAGGGAAUCUCAGUCCCUCGUGAAGUCAUCAGAGGGACCAUGGACUGCUUCUUCCUCUUCAUCAGCCCAGGAUCUUUAUCCAUUUAGUAAAAGCUGAUGCCACGAACCACAAAUUUUUUAUCAUGAAUAAGAAACAGAUUGAAACUAAACAGUCACAAAAUUACACUACUGCUAUUAUCUUUUAUUAGCAAUUCAUGUUUCCUGGUAUAUAUCCUAUAGUUAAUGGAGUGAUUAUAUGUAAUAUUGACUUUGUUUAUGCAAAAAUAUUUUUUUUAUUUAUAAUAAUAAUUAUUUAAGUUUGACUAA